AUGUCUGAAGCCGACUUCUUGGCCCAUGCGCAGGAUGGGAUCAUGGGGAGCAAUGAGACUAGUACUCUCACUCCUGCCCAGGAACCAGAAGAUGGACCGCCCGAUAAGCUACUAGCCACACAACACACUACGAAGCCUGGGGAGCUACAACGUGUGAUGUCUGAUAAGUUGGCUGUGGCACCGGCUACCAAACAUUUACCGCCUACACCUCAACAAGAAGUCAAGCAAGAUGAGUUCAUGCUUAAUGGAGUAAAAUAUAGAUCGGUUAAUAACCACACCAUUAUCUAUUCCAUUCAGAAAGUCAACACUCGUAAACACCUAGCUCUAAUUGAUAGAGGUGCCAAUGGCGGCAUUGGAGAUGAUGCAUGCAUCAUCCACAAAACCAAUUCUGGACUCAUCCACACCCAACGUGGACCUGCCAUUGCCAUUAUGCACCAACAAGCCUACAUUGGAAAGGGUCAAUCCAUUCUGUCCAGUGGACAAAUGGAGCAUUUCAAGAUUGUAGUGGAUGAAAAGUCUACCAAAGCCGGUGGUCAACAGCAUUGA